ACCCAGUAAGUGUGCUGGUCUUUCAAAUCCCUUUAUUUUAAGGGUUGUUAGGGCUGCUCAGCAUUUUCUUAUAUCAGGAUUCCUACUGUUACCAGUUAUUUUGCAUAUCCAUGUUUUAACUUUUUUAUUUUUUUUAGAUAUAAUGGAGAGGCCUUCUUUGGAAAUUAACCUGCCCAAUACUCCUGAAGAGGGAAAACUUUAUGUAGUUGAUUCUUUAAAUAACCUAAACAAGCUAAAUGUUUGUCCAGAUGAAUCCCAACAUGUGCUAGAUGAGGAAGAUGAGAACACUGGUGAUACUGGAGAAUACAUGGCGUGGAGCAACAUAAGAAACCAAUGUUUGUACUUCGUCACCUUGAUUCUUACUCUGAUUAUCAGUUUGGCACUUGUUUCAUUCGUAAUAUUCUUAAUAAUUCAAACUAGGAACAAAAUGGACCAACUAUCAAGCAGACUAAUAUUUGAAAAGAAGAAUAUAGAAGAGCUUAAGAAAAUGAACAAUAUGAUAUUAAAGCAUCUAAAUCAAUCAGGAAUUAAGGAAAAGGAGAGAGACUUCUUCACACCAACUCCUGAUCUUCAUGAGUACUUAUUCACCCAUGCUGAGCUGAAAAUCCCUGGAGAAUAGAUCAGCUUUGGAAUGAAAUUCAAUGUCACUGUAUUCAUGCACUCAGAUAUUUUCACAUAUGACACAGAGGUUACUUCAACAUUCUGAUGUGGUCACAGAAACACUGGAAAACACAUUUGAAUGAAAAAAAUAUUAGAAAAUAAUAUUUGGUCCUGUUUUAUGUGAAUACAGAUUUUCAAAACCAAGCCCACAUCAUUUACAUUGAGCAGUGGAUUGACAAAAAAAUUUCAGGAGAGUUCCAGAUUCCCUGUGCAUCAUAAAUUGCAGGGUUAGGGACUUAGUUUUACUUUAACUGUAAGUGAACGACCACAUAAAAUAGUGAUUUUCUUAUUCAAAUGAUUCCAGCAAGACCUUAUUCAGUUAAUCAUUCUCCUGUCUCUUAGGAACAACUGUGUUUGCAUGUUUAUUAUUUGUAUUUAAGGGUAACUGAGGAUUCCAUAACUUAUAAAUAAAAUCAGUUCUGCA